CAUUCAUCAACUCCAGACAAUCAUGACGAAUCCUCUUAACAAAUACUGAUAACUACAGUAAUCUACCAGUAUAGUCUGCGUUUGUUUCCGUGUUUACAACAACAGUCCCGAGUCAGAUGAUCUGUGACUAUAGCUCCAACACUAAAUUUAAGACAUUAUCGGACACAAAAAAGUUAAAAAUGGUCAUUUAACAUUAGAUUUGGACGGUUGUACGACUCGUACCAGCUGAGAAGUUUAUAACAACGGCAAUUAAAAUCAAGGAUAAUUUAUAAAUCGACCCCUGUAACAUUGUAAGGUGAGGCGUAGAAUGCUGACGCAGUUAUCUUUGGUAUAUUUACUGCUGCUUUUUUCUCCGGUUUUAAAUCUAAACUGGCAGGCAAGACCCGAUGAAUGUGGUCGAAAAUAUGCUGGGAUCGACACCCAAAUCGUUGGGGGAGAACCCGCAGAGGAAUAUGCCUGGCCCUGGCAGGUCGCUAUGUUGGAAAAUGGAGAACAGAUUUGUGGGGCAUCCUUAAUCGACCCAUGGUGGGUCAUUACGGCUGCUCAUUGUGUUGACCCAUGUUACCUUUGCGAGCCGCACGUCUUCGAGUUCCUCGCUGGCUCCAUCAGCCUGACUUCCGAGACCAAUUCCACCCAGGUCCGCCGCGCGUCCAGAAUCUUCACUCAUCCCGAGUUCGAUCUACUCGGUGAUGAGGAGGUCGAUCAUGAUAUUGCCCUGUUCAUGAUGUCGGAGCCUUUCAAUCUCACUGAAGAUUAUCGAGUAAAUACCAUCUGUCUUCCAACGAGGGAUAUGGACGAUGAGUUCGGCGCAGGGAAGACCGCGACGGUCACAGGUUGGGGGACUCUUGAGAGUGGAGAAUCCGACUAUCCGGAUACGAUGUAUCAGGUGGAUGUUCCCAUUUACGACCAGGAGCAAUGCAACAAAUCACUAAAUGGCGAAAUAACUGAUAACAUGAUUUGCGCUGGCUUGCCGGAAGGAGGAGUCGAUGCUUGCCAGGGUGACAGUGGUGGCCCCCUGGUAUCACUUGGAGGGGUUAAUAACGACCAGUAUUACCUGAUUGGUAUUGUGAGCUGGGGUGAAGGGUGUGGUGAUCCGGACUCGCCCGGUGUAUAUACCAGAGUAACUCGCUUCGAAAGCUGGAUCCUACCUAUCUUUAACAACAACUACACCUUAGAUUCAUAUGUUCCAUGCGUUUGUCCACAACCAUUGUCAUCGGCUGUGAUAGGGGGACUGACUUCUUUGUCGUUACUUUUAGCCGUUUCGAUAGGCUUCAAUACAGCCCUCAUUAUCAUGUGGAAAAAGAACAAAAACAAAGGAGUCCAAGAUAGCCAAAAGGGAGACAUUGGGCACACGUUGACAGACAAAGAAUGAAAUGAGGAUGGAACACACGAGACCACCCCAUCCCAUUCCCCAAGAGAUGAUCGGGGAUUUGAUAGGUGGUGCCCGCGCGCCCCCACCACCAUCCAUUUACUCAUCAUUUACAGUAUGUAAUUUUGCAGGGUAGUCGUAACCCCACGGAAUUCACUAGUUCUGUUAUGAGAACGUUUUCAUGUUAUACUUAUUUUCAUAUUGUACUACACAUUUUUAUGAUCCACUGCUGACAGAAAUUGAUCAGCUUAUUCGUAUUUCCUUUCAUUUAUGUUUAUAAUAACGGUUAUUAUGUCUGUUUUGUGAUAAAUUGUAAUUUAUAUGCUGGCAGAAUUGUUAAUUUUUGCUAAGAUAGUAGUUUUUUAUGACAGACGAUGGCUCAGUUUGUUGCUUUUGCGAAAGUCCGAGAAUAUUCUCGAAUUCUGACCCGUCGAAUAUUAGGUUUUCUUUUUGAUCCAGAUAGUCGUUCUUGUUCAUAUUGCAAAAGUGCAAUACAAAAUCAGUUUCUGACGAAACAGCACUUAUAAUCAUUUAAAUUGUUAAUAUACGUUAAAUCUGAUUUAAAAUAGCAAUGUUCGUUUUAAUGAUUUCAUGUAGAAUAAUGCCUCUUUGUGUUUUGUGUUUAUUAUUUGUCAUUAAUAAAGAAGGUAGUCAUGUAUCGUA